AUGGAACAGGAUCUUGCAGCAAAUCUUGUCAAGGCUCUGGAUGGUUUCAUUUUCAUGGUAUCCCCGGAGGGCAAACUCCUCUAUAUCUCCGAGACUGCAUCAGUGAUCCUCGGUCUCUCACAG